AUGUCGUCGUCAGAAGUUAAACUCUCGCCGGCGAUAAAGCUCUCUUCCUCUCAGAAAUCUUCGAGAGACAAAGCAAUCCGCAUUCUCUUAAAAUCAUGGCGUUCCCGCCACCUUCUCCCUCAAAACGUCGCCAAAAAACUAUGGAAAGGUAUCUUCUACUGCGUUUAUUACUCCGACAAAUCUCUCGUUCAAGCCGACCUCAUCGAUCGCAUCGCUUCAUAUCUCUCAACAUUCCGUCAUCCUUCUCGCUCUCUUCAGUAUUUCUCCACAUUCUUCCUCACCAUGCGUCAUGAAUGGUCCGGUAUCAAUUCCGUUAGGUUAGACAAAUUCUAUCUCCUUAUUCGUAGGUUUAUAUCGAACGCUUUCUCUUUACUUGAUAAGAAUUCGUGGAAUUUGGAAUUGGUUAAUCUUGUUAUGAAUUGUUUGGAUAAGUCCACUUUUUCUGCCAAAGAUAAGUUUGUUAAGGGAAAGGGAAAACGUGUUAAUUAUUAUGUUGCUUCUGUUUUUCUUCAAGAGCUUAUGCCUUUUCUUCCAGUUAAGUUGAGUGUUUUACAAGUGCUUUUUAGACCGUUUUUCUCUGCUGUGGUUAAAUUGCGUGAUAAGGUUUUGUUAGGGAAGAUUAAGAGUUGGUUUUUUGAUGUGUUGUUGAUGAAUGGGAGAAUUUUGUUGGAGGUUAAGAAAAGUGGUUGUGGUGAUGCUCAUGUUGUGAAUUUGGGAACAAUAGCUUUGGUUAUGGGUUUUUCUUCCAAGUUAUUUGAGUUGGCUUCUGAUCCGGGUUGUGUUCAGAGCAAUAGACAGGUUUUGUUUGAAUUGCACAAUGAGUUCUUGAAGUUGGAGAAGGAUGUUUUUGAUUCUGGGUUCGAGUUUUCCAUUCCUGACUCUGUUGAUCGGGUAGUGCUGGAUUCUGUUGACAAAGUGAAAAAGCCGAAAAAGAAGAAGAGGAAGAUUAAGAAGAGUGAUGCAGAAGCAUGUUUGGAUGAUGGUGUUGCUACUGGAGUUGUAUCUAAGAAGAGAAAGAGAACAACGAACUCUAAAGGAGAGACCUCUCAGGGGGUUGUAUGCAAGAAGAGAAAGAGAACAGAGAACUCUAAAGGAGAGACAUCUCAGGAUUUUGAUUUGAACACUGCAGAUGUGGAAGAUGUCUCUGCAUUAGCAAAGAGCAGGGAGAAGAGUUCCAAGAACGUAAAAUUUUCCAUGGAAAGUAACUUGGUCUGGAAGCAACACACUCCUUUACCUCCUCAGAGCUUGAGAAUUCCCCCCUCUGCUACACCCAGAGGAAGUGCACUGAAAAAGGGUUUACCCCCGGGCCCCAUCAGGGAAAUGCCUCUCCCGACCAAAAAGGUAAAACAGAAGAAGUCCAAGAAGACCAGAAAACUAUUGAAGGAAAUAGUGGAUUUCGCUAAAGCUUUUAUGAGAUGA